GUCACUGCUGGAGAUAGAGGGCAGAUCGCACACUUCGGGACAGCGGUGCCCCUGAGCACUUCUGGAAUCCAAGCUCCUGUCACAGAGGGAGAAACAGAGCAGACAGCAGACGCCAUGGAGUCCCUGUCAGCCCCUGCCCACAGGCGUGUCCCCCUGCAGGGGCUCCUGCUGGCUGUCUCACUGUUAACCUUCGGGAGCCUGCCCAGCACUGCCCAACUCACUGUUGCCUCAACCAAUGCUGCUGAAGGGAAGGAUGUGCUUCUCCUUGUUCUCAAUCUGCCUGAGAGUCUUUUCAGCUAUAACUGGUUCAGAGGGAAAAGUGCAAACAGCAGCCGUAGAAUUGGAACAUUUUUAACAGAGACUCAAAAAUUUACCCGCGGGCCUGCACACAGCGGUCGAGAGAGAAUAUACCCCAAUGGAUCCCUGCUGUUCCAGAAGGUCACCCUGAAUGACACAGAAUACUACACCAUAGUUGUCACAAAAAAGGAUGGGCUGACUGAAGAAGCAACUGGACAGCUCCGCGUGUACCGUGAGUGA